AUGGCGUCCCGGAUUCAGGAGCUGCCCGACGACUUUGACGACAAGAUCGACCUGAACAAGGCACCCCCAGAGACACAUGGACCCACACCACCGCCAGCAGCUGGCGACAGCGGCCUCUCCUUCGACAUGAUGAUGGAAGCCGCUGCCAAACACUUCCCAGCCAAGAAAGAUGCACCAACCGAGGGGGAUCCAUCCCAGCCCGGCGCAGAGAUGCCUCCCGCCAUGGCAACAGCAAGACAGUACACCGCAGACGAGAUGUGGCAGAUGCUGAACAAGUCCCCGCUCUUCAUGACCGAACUGGACGAGACGGGCGAAGAUGGCGGUGAAAACGUAGCUUUGGAAGCCAUCAAAGCCCUCGCCUACGAAGGCACCCGCGCCGAAAAUGCCGCCUCGUUCCGCGAACAAGGAAACGAAAAUGCUCGUCUCAAGCGCUGGAAGGAUGCCCGUGAAUUCUACGACCGCGCCUUGGGUGCUCUCAAACUGCCUCAAAAGCGCGCAGACGCAGUUGAAGGCGACGAAGACGUCGAGCACGACUUGGUAGAGCUCGAUGAAGAGGAGGAAGCCCGCAAGGAAAAGGAACACGAGGAAGCAUCUCUGGUCAACCGCGCCCUCUGCAAUCUCGAACUCAAGAACUACGGCUCUUGCAACCGCGACUGCGCCGCUGCCCUCAAACUCAACCCUUUGAACGUAAAAGCAUACUACCGCAGCGGUAUGGCCAACUUCCACCUCGACAAGCUGCCCGCAGCAAGCUGGUCUUGCGACCUAGGCCUCAAAAUCGAUCCUACCAACAAAUCGCUCCUCAUCCUCCAAGACAAGAUCGCAAAACGCAGAGCCCAGAUCGAACGCACGGAACGCGAACAACGCGAAAGAGAAGAAAAGGCACGCAGAGAAAAGGAAACAUUGGCUCUGGCAUUGAAGGGCCGUAACAUUGCAACCCGCUCAACAACAACAGCACCACCUCAACUCGAAGACGCCGCCGUACAUCUCGAGGACCCCACAGACGCAGCCUCAACUCUGAGCUUCCCCUGUCUACUCCUCUACCCCCUCCACAACCAAACAGACUUUAUCAAGUCCUUCGCCGAAGACGAAUCAGUAGGCCAACAUCUCGAGUACAUCUUCCCAUUACCUUGGGACGAAGACGAGCAAUACCUACCCGAAAAUGUAGAAUGCUACAUCGAGACCAAGACCGGAGGUUUGGUAAAAGCAGGAAAGAAGAUGGCCCUGCUCAGAAUCUUGAAUACCGGCAAAGUGGAGAUUGUGGAUUCUUUGCUUAGGAUCAAUGUGGUGCCAAAGAAUAGAGCACAGGAAUGGGUGGACAAUUUCAAGAAGAUCAAGGCGGCUGCUAAGUAG